AAUCUGAUGUCGAUUGGAAAAGGAAAAAAAAAAAAACUCAUAUCAGGCCGGGUCAGCUUGGAACUCGAUGUCUUAGUAGUGUUUUUUCUUUUUCAUCAGAGUUGACAUUGGCGUCCAAAUCGGUCUAGGAAGCUGUUUAGGUACCUUGGCCCAGCGCGGUGGGGGCAUUCUCUGCGCUCUACCUUUUCUCGACUGUGCCAAUUUAUUGGACUUGUCAAAGAUCGGAACAGUUUAGCUGUUUAGGAAGUCGGAAAUGGCAUCGCCUCCAAUUUUAUCCUUGGCUCUUCCAUCAAAUACCGGUAGAGUUCUCAGCAUUCAAUCUCACACAGUUCAGGGAUAUGUUGGUAACAAGUCAGCAGUUUUUCCUCUUCAACUAUUAGGAUAUGAUGUGGAUCCGAUCAAUUCAGUACAGUUUUCGAAUCAUACAGGCAAGCCAACUUUUAAGGGUCAAGUUCUAAACGGGCAACAAUUAUUGGAUUUAGUAGAAGGCCUUGAAGCAAAUAAUUUAUUGUACUACACCCAUUUACUAACAGGUUAUAUUGGCUCUGUUUCUUUCUUAAAAUCUGUAUUGGAGGUUGUAGACAAGCUUCGCUCUAUUAAUCCAAAUCUUACUUAUGUUUGUGAUCCAGUGAUGGGUGAUGAAGGAAAGCUUUAUGUUCCUGAAGAUCUAGUAUCAGUAUAUCGUGAAAAGGUUGUCCCAGUGGCUUCAAUGUUGACUCCUAACCAGUUUGAAGCAGAACUGUUGACUAAAUUGAGGAUUGGUUCUGAAACAGAUGGUCGGAAAGCAUGCAACAUUCUUCAUGCUGCUGGGCCUUCAAAGGUUGUGAUUACUAGCAUCAAUAUAGAUGGUAAUCUUCUUCUCAUUGGCAGUCAUCAGAAAGAUAAGGAACAAGCUCCUGAGCAGUUUAAGAUUGUCAUACCAAGAAUUCCUGCAUAUUUUACGGGAACAGGAGAUCUAAUGACUGCACUUCUACUUGGGUGGAGUAAUAAAUAUCCUGACAACCUUGAUAAGGCAGCAGAGCUUGCAGUUUCGAGUUUGCAGGCACUUUUGCAGAGGACAUUGAAUGACUAUACAAGUGCUGGAUUUGAUUCGAAAUCAAGCAGCUUAGAGAUUCGGUUGAUUCAGAGUCAAGACGACAUCCGCCAACCAAAAUUGACAUUCAAAGCUCAUAAAUACACCUGAAAGCCAAUAGAUGAUGAGUAAUCCGUAUUGAACUACAAUAGUCCUCUUGUUGUUUUUUUGUAAAAGGUAUUUUGCUACAAGUUUAUAUUAUCGUGUUAGAAUAAAUAAAAGAGAUAAUUAACUAAUAAGACUCUUGGAACAGUAAGUACAUUAGAAUGUAGUUCUUUGAAUAGCUAUAGAUAUAGAAUAUAUAUUCUAAGAAGCUGAAUUUGCGAUAUUCGCCUUUCACUUCGAAGAAAAUUUCAGAUUUCUUCA